UAAAUCACUGAGUGAUGAAGAAAACCUGAAGUUGUUUGGGAAAUGCAACAAUGCAAAUGGCCAUGGACACAACUAUAAAGUUAUAGUCACUGUGCGUGGAGAGAUUGACCCAGUCUCAGGAAUGGUUAUAAACCUCACAGACCUGAAAGAAUAUAUGCAGGAGGCAAUCAUGGAACCGCUUGACCACAAAAACCUGGAUAAGGAUGUGCCAUACUUUGCUGAGGUUGUGAGCACCACAGAGAAUGUUGCAGUAUUCAUCUGGGAAAACCUCAAGAAGCUCCUGCCUAUGGGAACUCUUUAUAAAGUCAAAGUGUAUGAAACAGACCAGAACAUUGUUGUUUAUAAAGGAGAAGAAACAAUCUCUGAGAAGUGA